CUCGAGCCGACCCAGUUAAAUUCCACGAACGGCGAGGCUUCAAGUAGCGCAGACGGAAAACACGAAUCAACAGCCGUGCGCGCCUGCAGAGCUCGUGCGUGGUUGCCCUCGCCGCUGCUCCCUGCGCGGGUACCGUCGCCGCCGCCGACGACAACGAGACCCAGCGUCGAUCAUGGCUAGCCUUGCUGAGUCUUUCUUGGCUGAUCUUGACGAGCUAUCGGAUAAUGAACCCUGUCAAGAAGAGGUAAACGCAGAGGCAGUGAAUAUGGAAGAAAACGUUGAUGGCAGCAUCUCUGACCUCAUCAAAUCUGUUUAUUGCGACGAUCUUGAUAGUAUCUCAAAACUUCAGAAGACACAAUAUUAUAAUGACAUAAUACAGAAAGUUGAAGAUGCCGUCCAGAGAGCCACAACUGUUCCCAACCAAGGAAGCAUUCUGGAGGACCUGGAUUAUCAACUUAUUGUUGAUUGCAACGCUUUAUCAGUAGAUAUUGACAAUGAGAUCAGUACUGUCCAUAGUUUCAUACGGGACAAGUAUAAGCUUAAGCUUCCCCUACUAGAAUCCCGGAUUCAACAUCCCAUCGAUUAUGCCCGUGUUGUCAAGAAGAUCGGAAAUGAAGUAGAUUUAACCCAAGUUGACUUGAAGGGUCUUUUACCUUCUGCAGACAUAAUGUGGAUUACUAUGACAGAAUCAACUAGUAGGGAACCUCUUUCUAACGUAAAUUUAGUAAAAACCAAUGAAGCAUGUGAUAGAGCUCUUACCCUGGAUGCAGCAAAGAAGAAAAUACUUGACUUCGUUGCGAGCCAAAUGGGACACAUUGCACCAAAUCUUACUGCCAUUGUUGGCAGCAAUGUUGCCUCAAAACUAAUGGUAGAUGCUGGUGGUUUGGAAGCACUAGCAAAAAUGCCUGCCUGUAAUGUUCAACUUCUCGGAGCAAAGAAGAAAAAUCCAUGUGGAUUUUCUAGUGCAGUGUCUCAGUUUCGUGUUGGUUAUCUUGAGCAGACUGAAGUAUUGCAAAGCACGCCUCCAUCUUUAAGAACUCGCUCUCUUAGGCUUAUAGCUGCAAAAUCAACAUUAGCAGCAAGAAUUGAUUCUAUAAGAGGUGAUACAACUGGAAAUUCUGGGAAAAACUUUUUGGAAGAAAUCCGCAAGAGAGUCGUAAAAUGGCAAGAACCGCCACAGGCAAAGUUCCCAAAGCCACUCCCUGUCCCUGACUCUAUUCCUAAAAAGAAGAGAGGGGGUCGUCGACUCCGGAAAAUGAAAGAAAGAUAUGCACAAACCGACAUGAUGAAGCUUGCAAAUAGGAUGCAGUUUGGCGUGCCAGAGAAGAGCUCAUUAGGUGAUGGCUUAGGGAAAGGUUAUGGAUUACUUGGACAAGCAGGAAGCGGGAAAUUACGUUUGUCAAUUGGUCAAAGCAAACUUGCUGCUAAAGUUGCUAAAGGAUUCAAGGAGAAGAAGUACGGCAGCAGUGGGGUAAGGUCCGGGUUGACAUUAAGUUUGGAAUUUACGCCAGUUCAAGGAAUGGAACUGUCAAAUCCGUUGCCCCAAGGUAACCUUCUUUUCAGUGGAUGCGGAAGAACCUAUUUUUCAGAUGCAGGGGCAUUUUCAAGUAUCAAAAGGAUCUGAAAGAAGUUUGUUCAACACCCAUCACAAUAUUCAUGCAGUUAGGAGAAUCCUUGGGGUGAUAAUUUUGGUCCAAUGAAAACCAGGUUUGCAAUAUCCGUUUCUGUUGGACAUAGUUUUUGGCAUUCUUGGCCAUGAUUUUCAGUCACAAAUGUAGAUAUGGACCCUGUCUGCACUCACACUCAUGGUAUAAUUUGUACUUUAGUGUUGUUUCUUGUAACAGCAUUCAUGUUAGCAUUAGGUAGUCAAAUAGCUAUAUACUUGAUUUUAUCACCUCAUGUAUAUAGCAUAUGUAUAUAUCCCAUGUACAACAAAAUGUUGUAUUGCUGAGCAAAGGAAUGUUCGCAUCAAAGUGAAA